AUGUCCGCCAAGCUGUCGAUCCAGGAGUACGACAAGCUGCUCACGCAGCCGGGCAGCCCAUACGAGAUGCUCGAGGAGGUCGUCGAGGGCCGCAAGCUCCUCGUGUGGAAGCAUACGCCACGCACCUUCCGCGACCUCAUCAUGGACAAGUUCCAGAAGUGGACGCCGCGCGAGGCAAUCUCAGACCCGGUACCAGAACCGUCUGACUUCUACGCCCGGCGCCACACGUCUUACGGCGAGAUGUACGGCCUUUCCCUUCAGAUGGGCGCCUGGCUGCGUGAGCAGGGUGUGAAGCAGGGUGAGCGUGUCGGACUGGGCGGCCUGAACUCGAUGGGGUUCAUCGUCGCCUUUUGCGGUAUUCACCUCAUCGGCGCGGUACCCGUGAUGCUGAACGCGACACUCACGGCCGACACUCAGCUGCACUGUCUGGGCCUCACCAAGCCCAAGCUCACGCUUGUGGACCAACACUCGGGUAUGAUUAUCGGGCCCAUCGCUGCGGAGCUCAAGGCGCGAGGUGUUGGCCCAACCUACUGCUACGACAAGAUCGGUCACCUCCCGGCCAAGGUGCAGGCCGGACUCAUCGAGAUGGCACCGGUCGCGAGCCCCAACACCGUCCUGUCCGUUCAAACUGGCCAGGGGCUGGGUAACUUGGGUCCCGACAGCGACGCCGUUAUCUUCUUCACGUCCGGCACGACGAGCAAGCCCAAGGGCGUGAUCUGCACCCAACGCCAGUGCCUCCACCACGUCGUUGCCAGUAGUAUCCCCGCCGCUCGUGCGGUCAUGCGAGGUGGCGGUACACUUGAAGACGCGUUCGCCGUUCACACGCCCCCACCAGAGCCGGGGGUUAUGCUCAUCGCCGUCCCUCUGUUCCACGUCACCGGCUGCCUGGGAUGGAUGAUGCGCGCGUGGUUCUUGGGCUUCAAGAUUGUGUUCAUGCGGCGUUGGAACGUCGACGAUGCAGUGACGCUCUGCAUCGACGAGAAGAUCAAUCUCAUCGGCGGUGUUCCCGCCAUCGCUACGGCCAUUAUCCAGUCGCCCAAGUUACCCAAGGACCACGUGUUCGACGGACUGACGUACGGCGGCGCGCCACCUCCCCAGCGCCUGGCUAGUGACAUUGCCGCGCGCUGGCCAGCCGCCUCAGCCACACACGCGUACGGAAUGACAGAGACGAACGGUCUGCAAGUAGCCCUAACCGGUGCCGACUACCACGAGAGGCCCGAAUCGGUUGGCCUCAGCAUUCCCACGUCGGGAAUGCGUGUCGUAGACGAGGCAGGCCUUCCCCUUCCCCCAAACACUAUGGGUCUGUUACAAUGCUCCGGAGCCAACAUCAUGAAAUGCUACGUCGACAACCCAGCCGCAACAGCCGAGGCCCUCACAUCAGACGGCUGGCUCAACACGGGCGACGUAGCGCUCAUCUGCCCCGAGGGCUUCCUGUACAUCCGCGACCGGGCAAAGGACGUUAUCAUCCGUGGCGGCGAGAAUAUUGCCAGUGCAGAGGUCGAGAAUGAAGUGUUCAAGGACGACCGGAUUGCCGAAUGCGCCGCUGUUGCUGUUCCUGACGAACGGCUUGGUGAGCUGGUCGGUAUAGCAGUCAGCCUCGCCCCAGGCGCAAGCGCUACGCCAGAGAGUGUGCUCGCCACUGCCUACCCGCGCCUCCGCCACCCAGCACGCCCCAUUGUGUGUGUGAUUUUGGACGCUCUCCCGCGUAACCCGAAUGGAAAGAUGGUCAAGAAUGACAUCAAGAAGAUUGUGGUGGAAAAGUUUGAGACGGCCAAGCGCGCCAAGGUUGACAUUGUUGGCCACAGCACCGACCUCCUCAAGGCCAAGCUAUAG